AGUCAAAGAGACUCCAACUGGAAUAGAAUAGACCGACCGCGCGGAAUAGACCAGUACAAGACAGACUUGUUGGUUGGUGUUGGUAAUAUUGGAUCGUUAGGAAUGUUUGCGAAUGUCACGAUAAUCCGAAACCAAAUGAUUGAAUGUUUAAAAUCAGCGUCUUGCAUUAAUUAACUCAAUAUUGAUCUUUCGGUUUACUUACUGUCAAGAGAACAAUGGUUGCUGCGCAAUCACUAAGCAGCUUUGAUGCUUGCUAUAAUCAAUAAUGAUCUUCGAUUCAGGAGAGGAUUGACCACGGUAUAAAUACAUUAUAUGAUCGUAUUAUCCAAAGCAUAAACAAAGUGCUCGACUCCUAUCUCACUUCACACAAAAUCCCAGUCUUUACCUGGCUGUCUGGUCUAUGGAGUAUGGAUUAAUUAUAAUGAAAUGAACAGUUCACUAUGGGAACGGUAGUUGAAAGGGAUCUUAAAACGCUUCGAACAUCGAAGUUAAUGUCAUCUUGCCCUGAAUAUAUUUCAAUGAUGGGUGAACUGGAAAAGUUUCACAAGGAACAAACAAAGAUGAAGGGGAAGAAUGAGAAAAGGGAACUUGAUUUAAGGCCAUAUCUUUAUGACAAUGGCGACACAUAUGAAAAACCAUUUUAUAAUAUCUUGUUGAAACUACUUUAUGAUGUUGUAAGCUUUCAAAGUGCGGAGAGACAACAUAAAGACGUUUUGAAAGUGUAUGAGUGGUUUUUGUCUCAUCAUAAAUUGAUCACUGAAGAUGCUACUAAAAAUGAUGAAGAUGGCUAUAUGGUCGACUCCAAGAACAUUGAAAUUCCUAAAUUGUACUUGCGACCGAAGUCCGCAGAUGGUAACUGUUACCGUGAGUCACGGGAUUCGCCGGACAUGAAGUAUCAACGUGAAACUCAUUCAAAAUCUGCACUGGGUUCUUAUGAAAAUGAAAGGAACAAAAAGAAAAAAGACUAUAACCCACUCGAUACAAUCUCAGUAUCACUGAAAGUGUUACCGUUGAAUGGCUCAGCCACCAAACUAGAUGAGUUUGGAUCUACUGUUACAUGCCAUGAUGGCCAUCCCAGAUUCAAUAAAAGAAAUGGUGCUCCAUCAAUUGCUAUCCAUGUGCCGAAGAAACCAUUAUUACCUUCCUCGUUUGUAUUAAAACCUUGCAAUCAAACUUCACCACCAGUUUCAACACCAGUAUCCAGUCCCUCCGUUUCUCCCAGACUUUCCAGACGCAUCCUGUCACCUUCUCAGUCACCAAGAUUAUCUCCAGUCGCAAAAUCCUGUUCAAACUUGUCUACGCAUCGCUCUGGUAAAGCAGCCAAAGCUUUGCCUGACAAACAAUCAUUUCCCGGUGAAACAUCGGAUUUUGAAGUGGAACAUACGAGUUUAAAAACAAACAAUCACGGACAGUCAUCCAAGAAGAUUGAUGAUAUCAGAACAAGGGAGAUCUCUAAUACAAUUCUCGUGGCUGAUGAAGAAGGUGGUUUAUUCCAGGAUCAGUUGAAACAACGCUUCCAAAAUGACAGAAGGAAAAAGGAAGUCAAAUUAGUCGAACAAUUGAAAAAAGAUACUGAAUAUUUACGUCAAGAAGAGGAAAGUCUUCAGUCACAGUUAUUAGGAGAACAUGAACAAAUUCUAAGAGAGGAGAACGAAACAGGUCUAAGAAUAAAGGAACGCAGGGAAUCUGCCGAAUUGCAAACUUCAUCUCGUGGUGUUUCCACUUUGCCUACAGUCAAUAUAUAUGAUGUUUCGAGCCAUAGACCAGUUUCUGCUGUUGAAUUUAGAAAUAAAGAUGUACGUAUCGAGUCUGUUCUUGAUAUGGUGCAACCUGUUAGUGAACAGAUGAAAUACCAACGGGAAAUGCAGAGAAAUGGUGCGAGUAUUUGGGACAGAGAACCUGUGAGCUACAAACAAGAACAUUCCCAGAUGUUCCAGAGACUAAAUUCAGCUCCUUCACGUACAUCAUUGCCUGGUGGGAUAGACAGAAGAUUGGACAACCAAAGGAUUUUAAAUCACACGGAACCAAUUUUGAAUCCCGAGAGGAGAGCCAGUGACUAUACAGUACAUUUCCCACAUCAAUCAAAUCGUGAACCGUCUGUCAAAGAGUUUAAAGUUUCCGGUCCAGUGUCACCUGAUUCCAUACGUUAUCAGUGGACCGACGAUGGCUUUGGCAAUCGAACUUACUUUAAAAAGCGGAGCCCAUUAGAAUCUUCUCAAUCUCAUAAAUCUCCAAGAUCAUCACCUCCUGUCAAUGACGUAUCUAUGAUCACAGGGGAACGUGGCUUAGAUAAAAGAACUAUUGCUUCUCUGAUGGUUAUAAAGCAUUUAGGAACGAGCCGCCGUCGUGAAAGUUUCGAAACAGAACAGCUCUACCCAAAACUUAUUGAUGAUUCAAUGGAGCAUUGCUCUCCCUAUGACAACACUUAUAAAGACGUGGAGCCAAAACACAACGUGGAAUAUCUUCCAUUCUGGAGACAAAUGCCACCAAGGAAAGGUUUGUCAAUUGUUAACAUCCCUGAAGAUAUUGAACCAGAUGUGAAUACAAUCAACAACACUCGUUUAAAGAUCACCACGUUGGAUGAAAACCGGAACUCAAUUAAGGAACCGUCAAGUUCCCCUACUACGGCUCAAACCAUCUUGAAUGAAAUGUUCUCCUGUCUAACACCACAAAGAAGGACACUAAGAAAUGGGCUAGAUACUAGUUCUCUGAGCGUGAAAGCGCGUUCGAUAUCGCCAGAACCAAGACGACCACAGGCACCCCCAGCCUGCAAACCUGAGUCCCGUGAUUUAAGACCCGCACCCAGUCCUACCCCGGUUAACAGUCGACCCACGUCAGCCAGACGUUCAAAGGAUAAAAGCCCUGUAAAUUUUUCUGUGAAACAGUUUUCACAUUUCUGCUUGGAUGAUGAUAUGGAACUUUUGGAUGAUUACAAACGUCAACGUGAAAUUUGGGCUGCAAUUAACAUUCAAAGGAUAUUUCGCGGCCAUAUCGCUCGUCAAUAUGCUACUUCUUUGAAGCAAGCCGAGAAAGAACGGCAAAGAAAAGCAGCAGUUGCUUUGCAGAGUACAUUCCGCGGUUACUUGGCCAGAAAAAAAAUGAUGAGACAAAACCUGUUGAAUUACAAACCAGGCAUUCGGGAUUUGCAAUGGGCAAGGGAGUACAAAGGAAAACUAAGAGAGAAAGAACUUUCGAGACAUCGUAGAAAUAAAGGAAUUUUGCGGCAACAAAAUCGACAGUAUGAAAGGCAACAAGAACAAAUUUCUGGGGUCAAAGCUUCAGAUAUGAUACAUGAAAUCUUUAAUCCCCCCAAAGCAACGAAAGCACAAAUGAGAUCAGCAGCAAUUACAAUACAGAGGUAUUUCCGUGGAUGGUUUGUUAGGAAAUCUUUAAAAACUGUCAAAGAAAGGGCGUCGAAACGAACAUUUUCGUUCAAUAAAUUUAUCAAAUCGUAUCAAGAUCUCGUGUAUAGAAUCCAGAAACGUUACAAUAUUGAAAAUCCAAAUACAGCAUUGCAAUUUCACGAACUACAAGAAUACGUCGACAGACUGUUUAAAUACGAAAUUGCCUUUGGAAAGAUAGCGGAAAAUGGUACCCUGAAGUAUGAAGAUAUUUUAAAAUAUUUUGCGGAGUGUGGACAUCACCCAUCUGAGAAAGAGAUUGAAGACGCUGUUGCUAUGGUAAUCAAAGAUUCUCCAAAAGGCCGGAAUUUAACCAAAUCAGAAGCCGUGGAAAUUGUCUUUCAAAUAUACAUUCCAAAAGGGACAGGUCUAAACCUUGCCGAUGUUCGUAAAUCAACCUGGAUGAAUCCCCUUAUUGACGGUCAAGAUGUGAAAAAAAUACUAAGCAAAAAAGAUUUGGAGUUUACAAGCUUGGACAAAGUUUUAACAUUAGUAGCGGAUUCUCAAACUGACCGCAAUGAAGUGAAAGAGUUACUUCGUGCUCCAGAUCCUCAAAUAAUGAACGUUGUUGAAAAGGCACAAGAAGGUUUUCAUCCGGAGAGUAAGGAUAAUAAACAAAAGCCUAGACUGUCGUCUGCGAAGUCACCUGGGGGUGGACAUUUUAUUCUUGCUCGUGGUCAACAUGAACCAGUAAAACCAAGUGAAAAUAAACAGAACAAAAAAAGAAGACCGGUGUCAGGUAGAAUACAGAAAUGAGCAACGAAUUGAGUUUUUCAUUGAUAUUUGGAAGGCUGUAUAUCAGAAUGAAAUAAUUAGUAUAUUCUGAUACAGAUUACAGCUGAAAUUGGAUAUAUAAUACGUCCUAUUGGCUAGAAUGUUUCUCCGACUAAAUAAGGAGAGCACGAAAACUGAAUUGCCCGUGAAUUUUUGCUCGUUUAAUUUGCACACGACAUACGAGUACACACAACAUAAGUUAAAAACAAGGUGCUUCAUACCACACACAGUUAAGUUAAUAUAAUUCACAUUUUGUAAAUAUUUUCUAAAGUUUUUAACCUUUUUAAGUUUAUAAAUUAUAACUAUGAAUACUA